GUACGUGUGAACCAGGCGUUCAAGAAUAUGAACAGCUGUCUUGUGUUCCUUUGUUUCAGAUAUGUCAACAAACUUUUGAAGUGGAAGUGAUAAGUUUACGUCGACGUAACAUGGUUGUUUUACACCUCUUCAUAAAUAUAAAAUAAGUUUUAUAACCACUGGGUUCGAAAUGGCUCGUUACUUCAGAGAGCAAGAUAUUGAUGAGUUUCGUGAGUGCUUCUACCUGUUCGCACGAAGUGGGCAGAUCAGAACUCUUGAUGAGUUGACUACCAUCAUGCGAUCACUUGGUAUGAGCCCCACAAUACAUGAGUUGAAGAAAUACCUUAAAGAUAAAGGUGGCAAGAUGUCUUUCGCGGACUUCCUGGACGUAAUGCACGGCCACAGCUGCGCGGAGGACCUGCCCCGGGAGAUAGUGGAUGCCUUCAAGGCGGCCGACGUGGAGAAGAAGGGGACGAUUCCCGCCAAGCAACUGAGGCACAUGCUGUUACGUUGGGGCGAGCAGCUUAGCAGCAAGGAAGUGGACCAAAUUUUCCGAGAGGCAAAUGUGAACAUGAAUGGUCACGUUCGGUAUGAAGACUUCGUGAAGAUUGCCUGCGCCCCAGUACCGGAUUACUAUUAACAAUGUUUUGAUUGUUAAAGGGAACUUUGUAAUAAUGGUGGAGGAACAUCAGGAAAGAAAAUAUACAUCAUCUGUAUGAAUGCAAUAAAAGGGUAAUUUCACUAA